UCAAAAUAUUUGUAAAAUAUAAAUAACGCGAAGGUGUGAUGACGUGCUGCUAUAAUUCUGCUUCUUACACUGACCAUGAAGGUUCUUUCUCCAUGUGUGAGUCAAGUUCUUGAAAAUGCACAUCACCUCUGCCUGCGCAUGUGAUAAAUAAAUAUUGAUAUGUAACUCAAUCAAAUUAAGUGAAAAAUUACUGUAAAAUUAUGGCAAUCCGGAAAGAUGACAGUCACCCGGGAUUAUGUAGGAAGCUGUGAAAGUUUUAAUUCUAAAAAUCAUUUUGCCUUCGACUCGUUGCACGGCCGAGUGAAGUCGGCAUCCCCCAGGAUGGGCUUCAACAACGACGCUUUCAUGCUGACGGAUGUGAGCGUCGGUGGCUUGCCAUCCUGGAGCAAGAAUUCCUGUGAAAAUAAAAAUAAACUAGAUGAAGUUUAUGAAGUUUUUGACAAUGAGUCUUCCCUUCCAAGUAGUUUAAGAACCAGUGAAAAUAUCUUGCCGGCUGAUGAAAUAAACGACGCAGCAUCGAAUGCGAAAUCCACUGCUGACCGGAAAGGAUUCUGUGAAAACAAUUACACAGCCGUUGAAUCCAGCAACAUAGCGUCAGCUGAGCCAGAUACCUCGGUAGUGAAGUCUUAUUCCUCACUAUCUCGUUUGGGUCCCCCUUGUUUUUCCAGCGUUGUGGAGGAACAAAGAUCGAGUGUCGUGUCCAGACAUCAUCCUGACGUGGUAGCGUCAGAGAACACCUCCAUGCUGCUGGGUGCCGUGUCUACUGCCAUCAUGGACGUCUUCAGGGUGUGCUUCAGAUGCCUGCCUUGCUCGCAAGGCCAACUGCCGUGUCUGGAAGAGGUCGAGACAGAGCCAAAAGGAGCUUGGUUCGACUGCACUACGGUACGACCAGGAUCACAGUUUUGCUGCAGCAAUCCCGGAAUAAAUUUGAAUAGUGAAACCUUGACGGAACCUAAGCGAUCCCAACCUUAUGAUCGGCCCACAUUUAUAGUUGGUGAAUUAGGAAGCAUUGACAUCAAUAUUGAGGAUGAACAUCGAAGCGAAGAGGUGGGGCAGACAGAUGACAGAAUCGAUGAAAACUGUAACCCUGAUGGCGAAUUUAUUCCCGAACAGGGAGACAAAGAAAUGUUCAAAAAUCGAGAAAUGAUGAAGAUUUCAUUCGUAUCACAGCUGGAAGAAGACUACAAGCAACAGUCCGUUGCCGUCGGCUGGUCAGAAAGUAGCCGAUCAAAUUUUUUUGACACUUCGUGUACGAAACCGUCUUACUAUAAUACUCGUCUGAGCCAAGAUGAAUCUUCUAAUUGGCAAGCCCUCGACUGGGGUGACCCUCCGGGCUUUUCAAAUCCUUUCGGAAAAUAUUCCGAAAUAGAAGACUUUAGCAUUCCGGGUGGAGAUGAAUUCCAAUCUGAUGACCAACCAGGUAACGUUUGGGAGGACACGGAACUGGAAGAGGCGUUUGGCAUCUACAACUUGACUACUUUAUAUUCGUACGGAAAUUACUCGCCUAUUGUUUUCUCAUCGGCUCCAAGCACGUUGCUGAAUGAGAAGUUUGAUGAAGCUUACCCUUCCAGACAAGAGAUUGCCAAUCGGGCUGAAUUACAUGGCGAGGGCCGCGAGACAAUUUCUAGCGCAGUACCUGCUUUAAGAAAUUCGAUCAACAAAGAAAACGACUAUGUUCACGAUCAGAGAAAAUGGAUUUCUCAAGAGUCCCUGUGCAAUAUAAUUAAACAAUUCUUGUCAAUAGAAGGGAGAGACUCCUUUUCACGGUGUUUUGAACUGUACAAAAAUAGCUUAAGUUGUGAUAAUUAUUUUCUAUUUAACGGCAAGAGAAUAACCAAACGUUUGCUCUUUGAUCUAGUCAGUGAAAUGGUUAUCGCUUAUCAAGAAUUGUACCGCUAUACUUACUUUAACUUUAAAAAUCCUAUACCUACCACAAUAAUUCAAAAGCAAGUUUUUCAAGUUUUAAAUCGCCCGAAAUCAAACGAGCAUAAGGUUGAGCGAGCUAAUAAAAUAAUUUAUUCUC